AUGGCUCCCCUCAAAGCUGGCGACCAGUUUCCUGGCGGCGUGACUUUCCAGUAUAUUCCCUACACCGAGGAGAAGGGGGAUAUUACUGCGUGUGGCAUCCCCAUCAAGUACGACGCAUCCAAGGAGUGGGCGGACAAGAAGGUCGUCUUGUUUUCGGUCCCUGGCGCCUUUACCCCCACUUGCUCCGCUAACCACCUCCCCGGCUACAUCCACAGUCUCCCCCAGCUCAAGGCGAAAGGAGUGCAAGUUGUUGCCGUGCUGGCUUCCAAUGAUCCCUUUGUGAUGAGUGCGUGGGGCAAGGCUAACCAGGUCAAGGGCGAUGAUAUCUUGUUCCUGACUGACCCCGAUGCUCAAUUCUCUUCCUCCAUCGGCUGGGCUACUGCGGGCCGUACUGGCCGCUAUGCAGUCAUCAUUGACCACGGCAAGGUGACCUAUGCCGAUAUCGAGACGGAACGGGGCGCUGUUAACGUUUCUGGGGCGGAUACGGUGCUGGCUCACCUGUAG